CCCCCCCCCCCGUCGGUAGCGGCUCCGGCGGGCGCCGCCGCGGCCAUGGACUGAGCGGCACCAUGGGCACCAAGGAGUCCCGCAUCGGCUUCCUCGGCUACGACGAGGCCCUGCGGAGGGUUACAGACAUAGAACUGAAGCGGCUCAAAGAUGCUUUCAAGAGAACUUGUGGCCUCUCCUAUUAUAUGACCCAGCAGUGCUUCAUCAGGGAAGUUCUCGGUGAUGGGGUCCCUCCCAAAGUUGCUGAGGUUAUCUACUGUUCAUUUGGAGGAAUAUCCAAAGGGCUGCACUUCAAUAACUUGAUAGUUGGAUUAGUUCUACUUACAAGAGGCAGAGAGGAGGAGAAAACAAAAUAUAUUUUCAGCCUCUUCUCUAAUGAAUCUGGGAGUUAUGUUGUCCGUGAAGAGAUGGAGAAGAUGCUGCAUGUGGUUGAUGGGAAGGUCCCAGAGUCACUCAAGAAAUGCUUCUCUGAGGGUGAGAAGGUGAACUAUGAGAAGUUCAGGGUUUGGCUGCUGCACAACAAAGACGCUUUCACCUUCUCGCGGUGGCUGCUCUCGGGAGGGGUGUAUGUGACCCUCACUGAUGACAGUGACACCCCAACCUUCUACCAGACCCUGGCUGGGGUCACACACUUGGAAGAAUCGGACAUCAUCGACCUGGAAAAGCGAUACUGGCUGCUAAAAGCUCAAUCGAGAACUGGACGCUUUGAUUUGGAAACGUUUGCCCCCUUAGUGUCCCCUCCAAUCCAUCCAUCCCUGAGUGAAGGUUUGUUUAAUGCUUUUGAUGAAAACCGAGACAAUCACAUAGAUUUUAAAGAAAUUUCCUGUGGGCUCUCAGCAUGUUGCAGGGGACCCUUGGCAGAGAGACAGAAGUUUUGCUUCAAGGUGUUUGACGUGGACCGGGAUGGGGUCUUGUCUCGCACCGAGCUCAAGGACAUGGUGGUGGCUCUCUUAGAGGUCUGGAAGGACAACAGGACGGACAAAAUACCUGAGUUGGACAUGAGUUUGUCUGAAAUCGUAGAAGAUAUUUUGCAUAUGCAUGAUAACACAAAGCUCGGACAUCUCACUCUGGAGGACUACCAGAUCUGGAGUGUGAAGAGUGCUCUUGCCAAUGAAUUUUUAAAUCUGCUUUUUCAGGUGUGUCACAUAGUUUUGGGACUGCGACCUGCCACCCCAGAGGAGGAAGGACAGAUUAUUAGAGGCUGGUUGGAAAGAGAGAGCAGGUAUGGCCUCCAGCCAGGGCACAACUGGUUCCUCAUUGCUAUGCCCUGGUGGCACCAGUGGAAAGAAUAUGUCAAAUAUGAUGCAAACCCUGUUGUGAUAGAGCCUUCAUCUGUCUUGAGUGGAGGUAAGAAUUCCCUCGUAGCUGCUGCAGCCAAUACCCCAGAACAGGGAGAAGACAAAAUGGGAGGUCUUAAUGACUUCAGUGCACCAGAAGAAAAGUUUUCAGAUAAUAUUUCCACUGCCUCAGAAGCCUCAGAGUCCACCAGCAGCAACACUCUGUACCCUGGCACCCCAGGCUCUGAGGUGUGCUUUGCAAGGCAGCACAACACUUCAGACAAUAACAACCAGUGUUUCCUUGGAUCCAAUGGGAAUGCUCUGCUCCAGCUGAAUCCCCAGAAACCGGGAGCUAUUGAUAACCAGCCCUUGGUGACCCAGGAGCCAGUGAAGGCUGCAUCAUUAACAAUGGAGGGUGGAAGGUUAAAGAGAUCUCCACAGCUGGUGGAAGGAAAGGACUAUGUCAUGGUGCCAGAACCAGUUUGGAGAGCACUUUACCACUGGUAUGGAGCAAACCUGUCCUUGCCCAGGCCGGUGAUCAAGAACAGCAAGACGAACGUGCCCGAGCUGGAGCUGUUCCCUCGGUACCUGCUGUUCCUGCGGCAGCAGCCGGCCACGCGCACCCAGCAGUCCAACGUCUGGGUCAAUAUGGGUAUGAUGAGCCUCAGAAUGUUCCCUCAGCAUUUGCCCAGAGGGAAUGUCCCUUCCCCAAAUGCCCCUUUAAAAAGGGUGCUGGCUUACACUGGCUGCUUCAGUCGGAUGCAAACCAUCAAAGAGAUCCACGAGUAUCUGUCCCAGAGGUUACGGAUCAAGGAGGAGGACAUGCGCCUCUGGCUCUACAACAGUGAGAACUAUCUCACUUUGCUGGAUGAUGAAGAUCACAGACUGGAAUAUCUUAAAAUCCAAGAUGAGCAGCAUUUAGUAAUAGAAGUUCGAAACAAAGACAUGAGCUGGCCAGAAGAGAUGUCUUUUAUAGCAAACAGCAGUAAAAUAGACAGACACAAAGUUCCUACUGAGAAGGGUGCUACAGGCCUGAGCAAUCUGGGGAACACGUGCUUCAUGAACUCCAGCAUCCAGUGUGUCAGCAACACCCAGCCCCUGACACGCUACUUCAUCUCAGGAAGGCAUCUCUAUGAGCUGAACAGGACAAAUCCCAUAGGAAUGAAAGGACACAUGGCCAAGUGCUAUGGGGAUUUGGUUCAGGAGCUGUGGAGUGGCACCCAGAAGAACAUAGCCCCCUUAAAGCUGCGGUGGACAAUAGCAAAAUAUGCUCCAAGAUUUAAUGGCUUUCAACAGCAAGACUCACAGGAGCUUCUUGCUUUUCUUCUGGAUGGGCUUCAUGAGGAUUUGAACAGAGUUCAUGAUAAGCCAUAUGUGGAACUGAAGGACAGUGAUGGUCGGCCAGACUGGGAAGUAGCAGCAGAGGCCUGGGAAAACCAUCUGAGAAGAAACAGAUCCAUUGUUGUAGAUUUAUUUCAUGGGCAGCUGAAGUCACAAGUGAAAUGUAAAACUUGUGGGCAUAUAAGUGUUAGGUUUGACCCUUUUAAUUUUUUAUCCUUGCCCUUGCCGAUGGACAGCUACAUGCACCUAGAAAUUACAGUAAUUAAAUUAGAUGGUACCACUCCUGUUCGAUACGGGCUGAGGUUGAACAUGGAUGAGAAGUACACAGGCUUGAAAAAACAGCUGAGUGAACUCUGUGGCCUCAAACCAGAGCAGAUUCUGCUUGCAGAGGUGCACAGCUCCAAUAUAAAGAAGAACAGAACACGGUUGGAGUCCCAGAUGAAGGUAUCCAAGUGCCUGACCAGCCUUCCCUCUCUCCUGAAGAACUUCCCUCAGGACAACCAGAAGGUCCGGCUGUCCGUGAGCGGCUUCCUGUGCGCGUUUGAGAUCCCCAUCCCAGGCUCCCCCACGUCAGCAUCCAGCCCUGUGCAGACAGACAUCUCAACUGGAGCUCCCACCAUCCUGAUGAACGGGGAUGUUCCCAAGCCAAGCCUCAUUCCCAACGGGAUGCCAAACACUGUGGUGCCAUGUGGGACCGAGCGCAGCCCGCCCAGCUGGACCCUCAACGGCCACGUGCCCUCGCUGUGUGACAGCCCCUGCACAGGGUACAUCAUUGCAGUGCACAGGAAAAUGAUGAGGACAGAGUUGUAUUUCCUCUCAUCUCAGAAGAAUCGGCCCAGUCUCUUUGGAAUGCCAUUAAUUGUUCCCUGCACAGUUCACACACGGAAAAGAGACCUCUAUGAUGCUGUGUGGAUCCAGGUUUCCAGGCUGGCCAGCCCCCUCCCUCCUCAGGAAGCCAGUAACCAUGCACAGGACUGUGAUGACAGCAUGGGGUACCAGUACCCCUUCACCCUCAGGGUAGUUCAGAAGGAUGGAAAUUCUUGUGCUUGGUGUCCAUGGUACAGAUUCUGCCGGGGCUGUAAGAUUGAGUGCACAGAGGACAGGGCUUGUGUGGGCAAUGCCUACAUCGCCGUAGACUGGGACCCCACCGCGCUCCACCUGCGCUACCAAACCUCGCAGGAACGGAUCGUGGAAGAACAUGAAAGUGUUGAACAAAGCCGCCGAGCCCAAGCAGAGCCCAUCAACCUGGACAGUUGUCUGAGAGCCUUCACCAGUGAGGAGGAACUGGGGGAGGAUGAGAUGUACUACUGCUCCAAGUGCAAGACCCACUGUUUGGCCACCAAAAAACUGGAUCUUUGGAGACUUCCCCCUAUUUUGAUCAUUCACCUGAAAAGAUUUCAGUUUGUCAACGGCCGCUGGAUAAAAUCCCAGAAAAUCGUUAAAUUUCCCAGAGAAAAUUUUGACCCAAGUGCCUUUUUGGUACAAAGGGAUCCGAGUCAUUUCCAAAGGAAGCAGCUCACCCUGCAGGUUGACAGCCUUCCUGAACCACGGGCCGGCCAAGGGGACACCAGGAAAACAGAUGUGCAGAUCAGUGGCACACCAGGAGAAGGGGACACACUGAACAGGAGUCCCUCCUCCCUAAACACUACUGUCCUCAAUAAUGUCAAAGCAUCUCCAUCCUUGGGGAGGAAAAGUGGAACCAGCUGCCCUUCAAGUAAAAACAGCAGCCCCAACAGCAGCCCAAGGACUUUGGGGAGAGGUAAAGGGCGCCUGCGGCUGCCCCAGCUGGGGAAAAACAAACUGUCCAGCAGCAAGGAAAAUCUGGCUGCAAACAGAGAGAAUGGUGCUGAGCACGAGCAGGGGGAUGCUCUGACUAAAGGACAGGCUUUGGGGGGCAGCCAGGGCGAGCUGUACCCCGGGCAGGACAGCGAGGGGGCUCUGGCCAACGGGUACCUGUGGGAGCAGAGCUCGCUCGGCAACGGGCAGGGGGACAACCACAGCGAGGACGACACCGCCGACGACCAAAGAGACGACGUCUGGGUCAACCCCAUCUACAACCUAUAUGCAAUCUCGUGCCAUUCAGGAAUUAUGGGAGGGGGUCAUUAUGUCACUUAUGCCAAAAACCCAAACAACAAGUGGUACUGCUACAAUGACAGCAGCUGCAAGGAGUUGCACCCGGAUGAGAUCGACACGGAUUCUGCCUACAUUCUGUUCUACGAGCAGCAGGGGGUGGACUAUGCCCAGUUCCUGCCCAAGAUCGAUGGCAAGAAGAUGGCAGACACGAGCAGCAUGGACGAGGACUUCGAGUCCGACUACAAGAAGUACUGUGUGCUGCAGUGAGCCUGGGCUGCCAUGGACUGAGGGAGAAACCCUGGGGUGUGCCCUUGGGGAAGGUGGGACUGAGACCCAUAAGAGCUUGUGGUUGUGGUUGUCCCCUGUGAGCUGAAAGCACAAGAAGAACCCCCUGGUUAAGCAGUUAAUACCCAGUAGUAUCGUUUUGUUCUGUUUUCUCACUACAUGCUCGAAACGUUUCUGAUGUUGGACAUCUGAGACUGCCACUGGCCUUUAAAUCCAAUGGUUUGAGAAAAGCUGACUAGGACCAAAUAAGAGCUAAAUUAAACAUCCAAAAAAGAGCUAAACAGAGUAGUGUAGAGUUCACCAACUGUUCUAACACCCCCCUGAGGCUCUUGUUAGGUUUAAGGUAAUGGGGAAAAACAAUUUGUAGUGUUGUCUUUGGACAACAUGAUAUUGCUACCUCCUUUUUCCUGCAGUUUUAUUGCAUUUUAUUGGCAAAACAGGGAAGGCAAGAGAAGGAAAAGUGCACAAAUGGAAACAAUUAUUGUCAUGGGGAAGAGAAGUUUCCAGUUUUGCCACCACUAAUGUGUGUCAGUUGCUUUCUUUCUGUAUGUUGGGAGCACAACCAAAUCAUCAUUUGAGAAGAGAUUAAUUUCUACACUUGAAUGGUUUAUUAUACUUGUGUUUUCUCCACGUGUUGGCUGUGCAGAUCAACAUGUUUCAGGAAUGGCUUUUCUGCCUGAAGAGUGCUGGCUCAAACUUUUUUGAGCUGCCUCAAGAAGAAACUUCAGGUUGGAGAGAGUAGUUGUGAUUACACUCACGGUGUCUUAAAACGUGCACAUUGCACAAAACGUUCCCAGCUUUUGGAAGGAGAGAUGCUUGAGCUUAUGUUUCAUGACUGGUGUUGCUUUUGAAAUUUGCACUUUUGAAAAUGCAUCUGAUUCAAUUCAAACCCACAGUUUGUUUGGUUUUUUGUUGUUGUUGCUGUAAGGGCUCUGGAGUGAAUGGCUGUGAAUAUCCACUGUGUAUUUCAAAGGAAGAAGCUGUGGCUGUCGGGUAGCUGUUGUAGCAUUCGUGGAUGGAGGGGUUUUUUUAUUGGUUUCCUAAUUCAGUUUCUUGUUUUCAAAAUUUGGUUGCCUUUUCAAAUUAUCUUUUUUUUUUUUUUCCUUUUUUUUGUUACAGCAGGUUAUGCAAAUACUUGAAAUUAAACCACACUUGCUUUCCAUGCCCUUGCAACGUGCUCUGUAAUUCAAGGGGCUUCUUGCAUGAGGGGAAGUGUGACUGAGUCUUAGCAGAGACUGGAAAAAAGAGGGUUGUUUUUUUUUGAGCAGGCAUUUCUUCAGACGUUUUCAGUGUUAAAUUGUUUGCAUAUCUGAAUGAAGAUAAAAAUUUUCACUCUUUUGGCCUUUUGUUCUUCAGCUGAGUUUAAGCAGCUUAUUAAUUUUGUCAUACAUCAUCUUCCCAGUUCUCUAGAUUUUUGUACCUUCACUAACAAAACUGUUACUUACGUGGUUCUCUGCAAUUAAUGUUUGGGUUCAUUUUGGGGUGUUUGACAAGAAUGCCAAACCUUCAGUGAGUUUCUCAUUUCCAGGAGGAUCUGGGGUUUAUCCAUUUAAGAAUUUAUAUCAGCUGGUCUGGCUGUCUUUGCCCAGGCAGAGCCCUCCCUGCCUUUGGAGGUUGUGCCUCUUUGGGGACAGCAGAUCUGUUCCAAAAAUGAGUCUCGUCUUACAUGUCAGGUGUUGCUCCUUAUCCUCUAUGGUCUUUUAUCUUUAAAGUGGUCUGAACAUUGAGCCUAAAGAAAAGCAAAGAUGACUUGUGAAUUCCUAGGUUAGAAGCUUUUUCAACACCCACUUGUCUACUCCUCCCUCCGCAAACUCCAUGAAAAGUGAAAGAUUUUCAACUGAUUUACUUUAAAAUGUUUUAUUUAAGCAGGUAGCACAAUCUACUAAUGUUAUUUGAUCUUCUGUGUUUGUUACAUUGGUUGUAAUUAAUUUUUUAAAUUAAAUUAAUUCAAGAAUUAGUAGUAAAUUUAUUAAGUUAACUAUUAACUACAUUCACUUUGUAAAUUAUUGUAUAAAACUUAUUGACAAUGCACUGACUUUAGAAAGAUGUUAAUGUACAUAAAUGCCUUGUAAAUAAAAUAGUGUUGAUGUACUGGAAUAUGAGCUGUAUUAAAACAAAGGUAUUGGUAAUUGUAUAUGGAGUGAACCUGUUUAUCUGUAACUAUAUUAUUCCAACAAAUUAAAUACUGUGGAUGCAGAUGAAGUGUCA